AUGUUUAAUAAUUCUUUUGGAGGUUUCAUUGCUCAUAGUGAUACUGAAAUUAAUACAAUCAAAAUUUAAUCGGUUACUGUUAAAAAUUUGGAAAAUGCUUAAAUUUGCGGUGUUUUUUGUUUCACUCCAUUCUCUGGUGAACUUCACAUUACUUCUUCAAGCAAAUACCAGAAAACUGAAUUCUCAAAUUUUUAUUCCUUGAGUGAAUCGUAAUUUAUGAAAUUCAAUUCAAGCUAAAUAUCUGCUAUUACAAAUGUUUAUCUCGAAAAUAUUACCAUUGACUGCUAAAAUAAGGAUAAGCCUGAUUAGACAUCCAAUAUAUUUAUAUAAAACAGCGAGGGAAUAAUAAGAAUAUUAGAAAAAGCUCAGCUUUUUACAAAAAACUCAUUUUUCGGAAAUUGUUACAAAUAAUAAAGUGGAUCAAUGAUUUCAAUAUCUACUAAUUUGUAUGAAGAUUAUGGAUCAAUUUUUUAAAAUAUUAAUGGAGCAUAUGGUGGCAUAGUUUCAUGCUAUGGAUGUUUAAUAAAAAUGAAAAAUACUACAAUGAUUAAUAUAAAUGCAAUCAGUGGAGGCUCAAUUGCAAUAACUGGAUUUUGCGAUAUACUAUUAGAUGCAAUUUCAGUUCAUAACCUUUCAGUUUAUAGUAAGGGUGGAUUUCUAUUUGAUCAAUAGUAUUAAUCAGAUGCUGGAAACUUGACUAAGACGCAUAUAAUUUUGAAAAAUAGUCAAUAGAUAUAUGAUAUUGAAGCUAAUGAAGGUGGAUUAUUCUAUCUAUUUUAAACUUCUUCAUCUCUCUUGAUCUAAAAUGUCCUGAUAUAAAAUGUUACAAUCCAGAGAGUAAAGCUUAUUUUGUACUUUAAAAUUCAGCUAGCAUAAAUUUUUACAGCAGUAUAAUAGAAAAUUGUGGUAAUUAAAAUCUAGGAGGAGUAUUUUCAAUUUAAAAGACUAAAUUUAAUGACAUAGGGUCUAUCUUUAAAUACAAUUCAGGUCAAUAUGGAGGAGUUAUAAAUGCUUAAGAAAGAACAAUGCUACAAUGUCAGCAGGAGUAUUAUUUUUAGCAACUUAAGGUAGCCUAACAAUCUAUGGGAGUACAUUUUACUAAAAUUAAGCUGUUGA